AUGCCUUCAGAAACCCAAGGAAUGCCUCGUCAAUACGGACUGCAAAUGUCGAUAACAGCAGAACGAUUAGGAAGCUUGCUUCAGCAUCUGGCAUUUAGCGACCCCGCGGGACAUGUGGCCCAUGGGAUCUUAGUAGAAAAGGAGAACAAAACCCUUGCCAACGAUUUAGGCACUGAGAAAGAUCAUACUCAACGUACUGUGGAUUAUUCGUACUCAGCUUUGUCCGAGAACGAAAGAACAAGACUCUUAGUUCUUGAACCUGGUGAAGUUGGCGAGAAACUGAAGUGUAAUCUAAAGCCUACACGUUAUCUUCAAGGCUGCGAAUAUGAAGCUCUCUCUUAUGCUUGGGGGGAACCGUCGAGAAAACACAAGAUUGAAUGCUCAGGGAAGAAUAUGUACAUCACUUCUGACCUCGAAGCUGCCCUACAGCAGCUUCGACUUGUCGACGAACCAAGAGUGCUUUGGAUUGAUGCAAUCUGUAUAAACCAAGAUGACGUCCACGAAAGAAGUAGCCAAGUUCGGAUCAUGCAGGAUAUAUACGCAAAGGCCAAACAAGUCAUUGUUUGGCUUGGACCCGAGAAAGAGAGUGACAAUCGUGCUUUCGCGUCGCUGGAAAACCUACGUUCGCAAUUAGAUGGGCAAGACAACUCUUGGUUCUUAGUGCGCCUUGGGUGGUGGAGAGCAAGCGGUGGCAAAAUCUUUUCGGGAGGCGCUCACAGAUAUAUGCUGUCUGAUGUCGAGUACGAGCAUAUGACUACACUACUGCGUAGAGACUGGUUUCGCCGGACCUGGGUCAUCCAGGAAGUUGCAAGCUCGCAAAGCGCAGUAGUCUUGUGUGGCAGACAAUCCAUACCGUGGGAGAUCCUCGCAGAUGUGUACAUGAGAUUAGGAGACCACUUUCUUCCGGUGUGCCAGAUGGGAGGAAAAAGUGCUCAUCAUUCCCUGGAAAACAUCACCGCCAUCGAGAGACUUAGAAGAUCGAAUAGCGGACCAUUGUCAAUGUCACUAUUCCAUAUCCUCUUAGCAACCUCGUUCAGUAGAUGUCGAGAUCAGCGCGACAAGACUUUUGCAGUCGUGGGUCUCGCCAAAGAUUGGGUAGAAAAAGGCAUGUUCAUACCAGACUAUAGCACCAAGCAGGAAGAUGUCCUAAAAACUUUCAUAGACUUUGCUGUCAUUGAUUCUAACCACCACAAAAGUCUACGAACUCUGUCUUGCCCUUCCGGACCUGAUGGCGCUUCAAAGCUUCCAUCUUGGGUUCCAGAUUGGAGGACGAUUGGGAAUGCACACCCAUUCACACGGUAUAGCGAUAGAACAAAAUUCUGCGCUUCAGGAGGAAUGCGACCUGAAGCGUGGCACUCCGAUAAUAAGACUGUGCUUCAUGUUACAGGAAUGCAUAUUGAUACAAUUUCCAAAUUAGGCUCUGAUCCGACGUUCACAAAAGCCGUUGCUGUAUUCGAAAUUACUACGGCCAAGAUCGUUGGAAUAGUUCGGUCGUUUUCAUGGCUCCAGGAAUGUCGAGACAUGUCUCGGGAUACCAAUGGGGGUCUAUCAGCGAAGCGAUUCGACGAACUUUGGAGGACCCUAACAUGCGGUCUGACAGUCGAUGGCUUUCCAGUGCGUGAACGGUACUCGGACUACUUUAGCAAGUACAUGGAUUUCAUGCUGAAGGCACCAGAAUUAUUCGCUGGUUACUUGACAUAUGCCGAGACCAGUCCAGAUGAAAUACGGGGGCUAAACGAGGCUAGCGCAAGCUUCGAGACACAUGCCCAUAUCGAAGCUUCCUUAGAUAAAUGGUCUUCCAAACGUCGUUUCUCAGUUACGUAUGCUGGAAGACUGGCAUGUGUGCCUUUGGGCUCGAGAAGAGGAGAUAUAAUAUGCAUCCUCUUUGGAGGUGAGGUACCUUAUGUUUUGAGGCCAACUGGUGAUGGCUUUUUUGCUAUAGUUGGGGAGUGCUAUGUCGACGAUUUGAUGCAUGGCGAAGGGCUGUCUCUAGAUGCCGCGUCAAGAGAAUUUCGAUUGCGGUGA